UGAUCACCUUGUUACUAUGUAUAAAAGAAAUACUGCAGAAUACUAAUCGCCAAUGAAAAUGGAGGAAAUGUCAUUAUCUGGCCCGGAGAACAGCAAAUCUGAGAACAGAUGACGAGAGAAGUCAAUUCAUAAGAAGGUCGUUUUGUGCAAACUCUGCAGCCAUGCCCAAACUGAAGAGGGUAUCGUCAGAGAAAAAACAGAAAUACUGGCGGCAGCUAAAACGAGACCAGAGACAGAUGAGCAGAGAGCACAGUGACCAGGCCAUGGAUUUUGACGCUACCCCUGAAAGUUCCACAGAGCAGGCCGUAGCUCAUGAGAUCUAUUCUGAUCUCGUAGAUGAUGCGUGUCUGGGACUUUGUUUUGAGGUGCAUCGAGCUGUAAAGUGUGGUUAUUUCUUUUUGGAUGAGACGGACCCAGACAGCAUGAAGGAUUUUGGAAUGCCAAUAAAUGAAGCAGUCAAUGCAUCUCGCAGCAGUGGGGGAAACUGUGAAGCCUACCUGAAAGGAAAUGAAAUCGUGGACCAGCCAGGUGUGGACAUUUUCGGUCAAGUCUACAACCAGUGGAAGAACAAGGAGUGUGAAUGUCCAAACUGCAGUCGAAGUAUUGCUGCCUCCCGCUUUGCUCCCCACCUGGAAAAGUGCUUGGGAAUGGGACGCAACAGUAGUCGGAUUGCUAACAGGAGAAUAGCCAGUAGCAACAACCUCAGCAAAUCUGAAAGUGACCAAGAGGAUAAUGAUGACAUCAAUGAUAAUGACUGGUCGUAUGGAUCUGAAAAGAAAGCCAAGAAAAGAAAAUCUGAUAAGAAUCCCAAUUCACCACGGAGAUCCAAAUCUCUCAAACAUAAAAAUGGAGAACUCGGUGGAAACUCUGAUCCGUAUAAGUACAGUAAUAAUUCUGGCAUCAACUAUGAAAGCCUGGGUCCUGAAGAGUUGCGUUCGUUGCUUACAACGCAAUGUGGAGUCAUUUCAGAACACACCAAGAAAAUGUGCACAAGAUCAUUGCGGUGCCCUCAACACACAGAUGAGCAGCGGCGGUCUGUACGGGUCUAUCUCCUGGGAUCUUCAGUAUCCCUUCCGGAAUCGGAAGUAAGCGUAGAAAAUGAGAGUUAUGAUCCCUCUGAGAGCCAGGGUUUUAUGAGCCGACUGCAAUGGGAUGGCACGUCAGACAUUUCGCCUUCUGACUCAGCAUCUUCCAAAGCAAGUACCAACAAUUCUGACUCCAAAAAGAGCAAAAAAAAGAAGCCUCACCUUGGUCUCCCUAGUGCGCCUGGCAUGAGCUCCAGUAAAAAGAAGAAACUGAAAGCACCAGCUCCGCCCACUCCCAGCAUAUACGAUGACAUCAACUGAAGGAAGUGGUGCUACUUCUAUUUUUUCUCCAGUUCUGUCUCGGCAAGUUUCACUUUGGCGAUUCCUGUGAAGAGGUGGACACUUGCUAAGUGGAUUAGCUUCAAGACUGUUACUUGACCCUAGGAUGCUUUGGUGCUGAAGGCUUCAUUCUAUAAUGGUUGACAUUAACUUUUCCUAUUUAUUAUUUAAAGAAUGAGGGAUUUUGCUGGGUAUACAAAGCUGAUGAAAUGUUGCAGUUGGAUUGCGUUAAUGUGUCUGGGUCAUCUAUAAUGAAUACUCAAGCCUGAAGCUGCCACUCAUUUUGGACUUCCAUCCAGAUCAACCUUAUCCCUUUUUUUUUGCCAAUCCCAGCUAUAAGUUUACAACCCCCUCCCUCCCCCUGUUGUGCGCAGUGCAACGUUUUGUGAUGCCUCAUUACUGGUCAUGAUAUUUGUGUGCCAACCAUAUGAAGUUUGCCUUUUCAGCAGAGCACAGGUUAUUCACUGUGGAACUUUGUGGAGUUACUGUGUAUUUAUCAAAGGCUAGGGUUUCUGAUCAAAGUAUUCUUCAUAAAAGCUGGGAAGCACAAAGGAGCAGUCAGGAUACGUUAGCAUGCAUAGAAUUUAAAAGUUUAGUAAGUUUUAAAAGAUGCAUUUCUGGAGAGGGAUUUGAUCUGAUCAUUCCAGUAACUGAGGCCAGCAUCACAAACAGAAACCUUUCACGGGCUUAUUCAGACUGUACUUCAAAAGUUAGUUCAAUGCACCUUUUUAGAAGUUCCAGCCUACUCCAAAUCUUCUGCAAGAUUAAUUGAAAUGUGCAUAUACUUACUGAAGGGUGUUUCUCUUUCAUCUUGCAAUAACUCCCAUGACCUGUAUUGUUUAUGAUCUCCAAAGGAUUGACCACUCUGAACUGUGGCCCAGCAUUUCACUUUUUGAAUGAUGGUAGUAAGCAAAUGUAAUAAUGAUAUGGACCUGAAGGACAGAAAUUGAUUUCUUAAUGAAGCCAACAUCUUGAAACCCUUUGUGCUGAAUAUGAUCUCUUGUGGGUUUGAAAUUCAGUCUGGCAGUACCAGGUAUCUGUUUCUUUCCACUGUGGUCAAUUGUAAUUGAGACACUUGGAUGCCAUUUUUGUCAGCUUUGAGUAAAGCAGCACAGAAGAUGGAUGGACAGUAGCAAACCUUAAAGUCCCUUUUGGUUAACACCAGAUACAUCCAAGUGGUCAAGACAGGAACUGUUUACAGCAUGUUUGUUAUAUAGUGAUCACUGUGACAUAGCCUAACACCUUGGUCACAGAUAUCUGUACUAAUGGAUGGACUACGAUGACUGCAUGUGAAUGCUCUCCAGACUGGAAAGUCUUUGUCAGUAAAUUCUUAUGAAACUGCCUUUCUUUCUUCCAUUCUUACAGAUAUCAUAACAUUGUUUAACCCAAACUGAGUACCCAAUAUGCGUUAAUGAGAGGUACUUGGAGAAAGAGAUAUUGUCACCACUUUUCAAAACAGAAUGUCAUUUGCGUGUGGGACCAAAUUGGAGUAGGCAUUUCAUUGUGUUUACAUCUGAGAAGCUGGAAAUUUAGUCUUUUUCGAAGUUUAUACAUUAGCAAACCUAAGAUGGGUGAGGUCUGGAUUGCUUCUUGACAUUAUAAUUGUUGGGAGAAGUGGUCUAUGCGUUGCUUCCUGCCAGGCAGCAUGAUGUUGCCCAACACUAAAAAAAACCAUUGCACUUUACGUCUGAUUGUGUGUGUGCUGAACUCAAGGUUCUUCUGGACUUGAUAUGGCCCUUUCUCAGGGCACUGAGAAAAGAACCAACGCAACUGUUGUGAAAUGCUUUGCGGUUGAAACUGACUGUCACAGAUUUCGAAGAAAGGAAAACAAAGAAAAUCAUGAAUAAAUUCAGCAAAUGCCUUGCAUUUGUAUUUUAUGUUGUAGCCAGCUGUCCUGCGUAGCACAUGGACCGUGUUCUUUUUGAAUUAUUAUGUAAUAUGACUAAAACUUGUGCUUCCAGUUUUGUUGCAUCUUGACUAUAAAACAGUGUAAAUCAAGGAAUAACGGCAAUGGAACAAAUCCUUGCUGUGCAGAGA